GGCGCCGGAGGAGCGGGCGGCAGCAGCGCCUUCCCUCAGGAGAACAGGGCUGGGGACGCCGUUGCUCCGGCUCGUCGCGCUGCCUCAGGACCUCCGUGGCCUGUGCUGGGGGUGGGGGACGGGGAACAAAGGAGGCAUUCUGAGCCUCCCCAGGUCACAGUUGCCACCUUCCCCCCCUGCUCGGGGCUCCUGUGUCUUCUGUAGUUGACUGACGGGCAAGGAGGACGUGGCAGCUUUUCUACCCAUGCUUUGCCAGUGUGGCUUUCUCUUGUGGUGGUGGAAUGGUCUCUUCCCCCCACGCAGGGCAUUUUUGUGUGUGUACAGUUUGGGGUAACAUCCCACACUAGCAAGUGGGGAGCCUGCUGUGCCCUGUGGUGGUGAAAAUAGGCUUUGGAGUGAGCUAGGGGAAGGUCAGAAUGCCAAUGCUAUGGAUGAUAUGUUAGAUGUGGAAAAUAAGCGUAUGGCCGAAAACCUAGCCUCCAAAGUCACGCGGCUAAAAUCGCUUGCACUGGACAUUGACAAAGAUGCUGAGGAUCAAAAUCACUACUUGGAUGGCAUGGAUUCCGAUUUCAUGAGUGUGACAGGCCUUCUGACGGGGAGUGUGAAGCGUUUCUCCACUAUGACCCGGUCGGGAAGAGACAAUCGUAAACUUCUUUGCUACGUCUCUGCUGGACUGAUUGUUGUCUUCUUCAUCCUCUAUUAUUUGGUGACAAGAGCACGGACUUGAGUAAUUUUCAAGAUUCUGUAUUGGAUAGUUGUUGAAGAGGGGGGAAAACUGAUGAUGAAAAUGGUUUCGGAAGAUCUUCAGAUCCUGAAAAUAUUAUUCAAAUGUUGACAGUGAUCCAGAGGCACCUCUGUGGAUUUCAGUAUCAUCUCUGGAUUGUUUUGACGCGCUCUCUUAAAAAGAAUAUAAUUUAUUCUGUCACUGUUCCUUUGAAAACUUAAAUGCAGCACAAUUCACAUCCUUGUUGAAACUAAGUCUCUAUAUAAUACCUUAUUCUCUCUGCUGUCUGGGUGGGAAAGCAUGCUGGUGAUGCCACCUCUUAUAAUUUUGUGGUCGGCAGGAAAAUCCUGACACUCAUGUCAGAGAUGUUCAAGUGCCCAAUUUAAAUGAAAAAAUACUACCUAGAGGACUGUGAUGCAGCUCUUGAGAACUAAUUGUGUUAUGGACAAUGUCUUCCUAGAAAAGUAACCUUGAAUUUAUUUCCACUUCUGUUAACACCAGCAUUUAUAAGUAGUCAAGCAAUCCUUUUUGCCUAUUACUCUCACGGACUUGCUUAGUAAAACAGAGAAUAUUCCUAAACGAAGGAAGAGUGAGAACUUGCACAAAUGAUUUUAUCUCAUUUUUUUUCCUUCUUGUUCUAGUCUGUCCCGACUAGAUUAUUUAUAUUUGUUUCUUGUUAUACAAACUUUACCUUAUAGCAAGUUAAUGUAUAUUCACUUUUAAAGGUUUGUCCAAAUCAUCCUUUCUGUUAAAUAAUUUUAUUGAUUCAUAGAUUCUUGGUUAAGUCUUCUUUAGCUGGCUGCUGAAUCCACCUCUCUCUGGAAUCAAGUAACAUUUUGCAAUACUCCUCAGUUUUAAUGUUUGUUACUAGGUUCUGGCACCUGGAGUGCCAAAAAGGUAUUAACAGAAAAACUGGAGUUAAGUUUGUGUGUUUAUAUAUAUAUGAGUAUACAUGCAUAGGUCUCUCUCUCUCUCUCUCUCUCUCUCUCUCACACACACACACACACACACACACACACAUCUUGCUUUUUUGUUUCUCAUUCUAUAACAUCUCACCAUAGCAAUAGUACCUUCACACUGGUUUUUAACUUAAAAAUAAAAUUAAAACAGGUUUUAAACACUUGCCAGUAUUCCCCCCCCCCCGGGUAUCCCUGUCCCUAGUAUAAAUUCUGAUUUAUACAGGUCCUUACCUAGCAUUAGGCAAAGUGAGUUAGUUAGCUCAGCAAGUGCUAGGGAGAUAGCAGCAACAAUCCCACAAGCUGUUCCUGAGCCUCCAGCCCUCACCUGUUAAAGCACAGCUGUGUGUGCCACAGGAUGUAACACACACACACCAAAAAACAACAACAGCUUCCUGCCCUUAGGCACACUAGAGGACACAAUCCUGUUGCUAGUAGUGAAGUAAGAUUCAGCUGCAUGGAAUGGAAGAAGCAACAUGUUGUCUUUGCGUCAGGCAGCAAAACAUGCCAGCCCUGGGUAUAUACUACAGUAGGUAGUUUCUAAAGUCUUUAUUAGUAACCUUUGGCUGUUGUUAUGAAAAGCAAAUAUUUGCUCCUGCAUGUAAAACAAUAGAGGCUGCUGCCCAAGGUUAUUUGUUGUUUUGGUGAUACUGCUAGAUAGUUACUUCUUUAGAACAAGUGAGCUAACUAGAUCGAUAUCAUGUUUUUGAGGGCAAGUCAAAAAAUCUUCCAGGAGCCUGUCUUCUAGAAUAACUGAAUGUGGGACAAGGCGCAAGCCCCCGUUUGUGAACCCCUAAAUGCAUACUCGAGAGAAAGAUGCAGUGAAUCAUAGCUCUUGGACAAGUGUACCUGUCCUGAUACACAUGGUUGCAUUAAUGUUUGUCAUAUUCACCUCAUAUCUCUAGGUGUACAGUACACCUAAAAAUGCAAUGGGCAAAAUGAACCUGAGGUCACUGAAAAGCUAAGCAACCUUCAACUCAGGGAUGCUGUCAAAAGAUGCAGAAUUCUUUUAAAGUCACUUAUGAUUUAUUUAUCUUUUUUUUAAGCCAGAAAAUUAAAAGCACACUUCUCAGUUUGCUUCCAAGCCAAACCAACUUCGUAGCAUGCCAUUUCUGAUCCAGAUUUAAAAGUUGUUUGCAGGGGCCAGUGCAACUAGAUCAGGGCAAAAAUACUGCUCAAAAGCUUCCUCCCAUAGCCGAUAGCCUUGCUGUCUCAAAAGCAGGGCUAAUUGUUUCUGUGUCAAGGGAAAUGGUUAAAUGCCCCUCCCCUUUUAAAGCUCCAAAAAAGAUAUUGGGAGAUCUGAUCACAGAUAUUCCACAUCAUGUGCUAGGAGGCUUAAAUAAAUAAUUUUAUGCUUUUAUUAUGAAAGAUAUCUCAACUUACAUUCUGUUGCUACAGCAUGGUGAGAAAGAAAGUGAGUUUGCUUUUUGCAGCAAAAACAAUCUUGUUGCACCUUUAAAGACUAACAGAUUUUAUGGACUGUAGUCCAUGAAAGCUUAUACCAUAAAAGUUACUGUCUAAAUUGUGGUCAAGUGGACAGAGGAGGAUUUGGAACAAGCAGAUCUGUAUACAAGUUUCGUCUCUGCUAUGGGCUUAUUGUGUAGCUUGGUGGGAAAUAAGAAGUGCAGCCUCAUAUACUCAUCUGUGAAAUGGCUUUCCUCACAGAGUUGCUGUGAGGACGAACACAAUAAAUAUAAUGCACAAAGGAUGAUAAGGAAGGGGAACUGUUGAGAUCCUGUUCCCCCUCAACACCUUUGUGCAGGAGGGGAUGCAGCUAUUCGCAGCGUCACUUAUUUCAGCUGCUGUACCAGUAUUAAUGGGUGAGAAUCCUGACAGCUGCAAGGCAAUAUUGUUAUCACCAUUACUGCCAGUUCUAUGAAAAAGCUCAACAUUUUACUUUUCAAGUUCAGAAUAUUCCUACAGUUUGUGUAGUGAACCCUCUACAAAAGAACUGAUGUUUUAUUUAAUAGCUAGGACAUGAAAUAAACUUUUUAUUCCUGA